CCAAAAAGUGUUGCAUGACGUGUUCCGUUUCGGAGGCGUAUCUGAUGCCGAGAAGUCACCGAAUUGCCAAAAAAGUGUACUUUUUGACCCAACCGAUUGCACAUUCCUUCCAAUUUGCUCCGUCGUCCAUCGAACUUUCUUAGAAAAAAAGUCGUUCCCAACAACACGGCCGUUCUCUGUCUUUGUAGCUGCAUCGCAACAGACAUACUUUCCGUGUUUUCUUCUCCUUUUCAUGGUUUUCUUAGAAUAGCAGAAGAAGCUCCGGAAUUUCUGCAACAACAGAAAUGGAAGACAGAAGUGGUUUUUUGUUUUGUUUUGUUUUAAUCUUCGUCUUCUUAUUGUUGUUCUUAUUUUCUUGGUUUUGCCAUGUUUGUUGUGAUAUUUUAAUCGUGUACUUGAAUGGGUUCUUCUCUUUUUGUGUUUUUCUUUUUCGGGGACCUUGAAGUGUAUCCGAAGGUGAAGGUGAAGGUGAAGGAACAGAACGACCAAGAUGAUCCUAAGGGAAGUUCUUUGUUUCCGUUGAAUGAUGAUUCUUGUUUUCCAGUGGAGCAUGAAGACCUUUCUCCACUAUGUGUAGCAAAAAUUCCAAUCUCUUAUGUACCGAAUGCACCUAUGCCAACAAUUUCUGAACCUGAAGGAGUAGGGAAGAAUGAUAAGAAAAUUGACAAGGAUGAUAAUAUAAAUAAUAGGGCCAGUUCAAUUCUGCGUCCACGUGCCAUUUUAUCUAGUCCAGAUAAUGAUGUGACGAUUGGAAACAAGAAUAGGAGUAAAAAGGUGAAACAACCUUCACCUUUGAAGAAUCCUAACUUGGUUCAAAGCAGACAUGUGCACUGUAAGGCUAUCUCAAGCGGCAUAACUGAAAGGCCUUUUAAUACAAGGAUUUCCAAGGAUGCUGAUGACGGUAAGAGCGACCUUAGAGGAAAGAAAGGGUCGGCAUUAUCAGUUCCAAGUCAGAAAAAAUAUCUUAGAACCGUGAAACCAAGCUCUAUGGGAACUUAGAACCGUUAGAUGAGUUGCCAUUGGGUUAGUACUCUUUCAGUGAUUCAUAUGGGUAUAUGGGUUUUCUUCCCUUUCUAAAAAUGGAACAUGCUCUCUCUUUUUUCUUCACAUGAGAGGCAAAGUUCUGCACCAGGAGCUUCAAUCUUCUCCCCCACAAUCUUUCCCUUAAUUCCAGUGUAUGAAUGCCAAGGAGUGUACAAUUUAUAUCAUACUUACUAAAUAUUGUUGUGAAUAGUCAUGAACUCUAUUAAAAUUUACCAAGAAGUUAUACUGAUACUGAUUAAUCUGUGCUCAUAUUGGAGUAAAAAAUUGGUUUACUGUCCA